UAGUCACCUGUCCAUACCGCCCUGGCCCUUUCCGUGCCCUAUGACUGUCGCGCACGUUUUACGGUAAACCAGCCAAGUCCAUCGAGCCAAUCGUGCUGGAGGUCGCAUCCGUCUCGCUAAUGGUCUUGUCACGUGCGUUCGCAGUCCGCAGGCUGUGAAGAUCAUGCCACAAGACACGGCCCAACUGCAAUCGGAUGACACUGGCGGUGGCGAAACAAAUGGCCGAAACAAACGCAGGACAGUGCCAUAACGCAUGGUGACUAUGCAUGCAUUUGUCUAGUACCGACAUUACACCACAGUGAUUAUAAAUUGUCCAUCUCCACAAGAUUUAUUAUCACAUAAGCUCACGCGUGUGAUGAUCAAGGAGAAGCAAUACAUCGAAAACAAGUCUUCAUCAUUUAGUAGUGAAGGGGAACCUAAUGCUGGGGAUGAUAAUCAAAUGAUCAAAACACCUGAUAAUAAUAGUAGUGAACUUCAUCACGAUUUGGACAGAAUUAUCAAAACCGAAUCUGAUAUGACAGCUUUAAUAGAUAAUGCUGGUGGGGAUGUAGCUGAUAAUAAAAGUGGUGUUGGUGGAAGUGCUAGUAGCAAUACUUCUCCAGGUUCUUCUAACACAGAUCAAAAACAACAGCUAAUGUCGAAUGAUAUUUGCCUUAGUCAAAAAUCGUGUGAUCGAGUUGUACUUUCUUCAAUGAGUAGUGGCAGUGGAGGGCCAUCAGAUUUAAUUGAUGGUUCUGGUGGAGUACAACCAUUAAUGAGCAAUGUCUUAGGUGCGAAUGCUACAGGAAACAAACAAUCAAAUACAACUAGUGGAAAUAUGGAUGCCCAACAACAACAGUACAUGCAACAACAAAGUCAGAUUUUUGUAUUUUCCACGAGCUUAGCAAACAAAUCAGCUGAAUCUGUAUUAGCUGGCCAAUAUCCUACUAUUAUAGCUUAUCAUUGUGCUCAACCACGAACAAAAAAAUUCCUAGAGAAACAUCCAUUAAAAGUUAACCAGUUUAAUAGACAAAACCCUGGACAGUGGAUGAAUAAUGUGGUUGCAUCCCAACAACAAAUGAAACAUCAACAACAACUUAACAAAGGUAUGGCUCCUCAUGGCGGACAACCGAAAUAUGGCGGUGGUACACCUUAUUCAAGAGCAAUGAAAAACAGUAAUAGUCCAUCAGGUGCCUCAAUGGAAAAUCCAAUGAUGCAACAACAACCUGGAGCAAGAAUGCCUAUGUGGAAUCAUCAUCAGGGAAACAAUAUCAAUGAUUCUGGACCUCAACAGCUACAACAUCCUUCAAAUCAUAAUAUGAUGGGAUCAAUGUGUGGUCCUGGGAAUAAUGGUAUUAUGGGUAUGUCAGCUCAUGGUGGUGGAGGACCAAUGGGUCCUGGAAUGUUAAUAAACAGCAAUAAUUCAAAUCAAUCAAUGAUGGGUCCUGGUCCUGGUUCAAUGAUGAAUCAGCAUGGAAAUUUAUGUUCUAUGGGGCCUGGAAGCGGUGGUGGAAUGCCCAUGAAUGGUAUGGACUUGGAUUUAAUGGAUCAUCACAACCCACAUCAUCAGCAGCACCACCCAAAUCCACAUCAUCCAUCUAAUAUGAUGGAUGGCGGUCAUAGACCAAUGAUGGGUGGUGGUCCUCACCAUCCUCAUCAUCCUCCUCCACAUCAUCCUUCUGGUGCACUUCACCAUAGAGGUUCUCUUGGAAUGGGUGGACCUCCUCACCACCAUGGUAUGUCUGACAUGAUGACUAUGGGUGGCCCUAAUAAAUGUCAACCAUCCUCUAUGGAUAGUCUUAUGUCAUCAUCUGGUGGACCACCAGUAUCAGUACCUUCAGGCCCAGGUGGUUCACCAGGUGGCCACAAUUCUUUAGCUUCUAUGAUGCCAUCUUUAGCUGACUUUGAUGAUCCUAUAGGUAGUGGAAAUUCAUCGCUAGGAGGAACAUCACACCAUUCAUUAACUGGUGUUCAAGUACCUGAUGAAAAUUUGACUCCACAACAAAGACAACAUCGUGAAGAACAACAAGCGACUUUACGAAAACUUCAACUAGUGUUAUUUCCUGAAAACUCAAAUAGUGGUGGAGGACCUUCUCAACAGCAACCCCCACCUGUUACAUCGUCAUCCUCUUCUGUUGGAGGUCCGUUAGACAAUUGCAGUGGAAGUGGUGGUAUGGACGAUUUAAUGCCUUCUAUUGAUGAUGAUUUGGAUGUAGAUGCUGUUGUAACAGCUGCAGCAGCAACUAAUUCUGCAGGUGACCUCUUAUUGCCACCUAAGACACCCACAUCAUGUUCAUCUGAUUGGCCAAAAUCAAUGUUUGGCAAUGAAGAUGAGAAGAAGAAAGAUAAUGGAGGACGUUGUGGGCCACCGCCUUCUUACCAUCAAACAGUAGCUCGAUCUGCUAGCGUUCCUAUUGUUUCAGUACCAAGUUGUAGCCCCAACUCACCAUUAGCUGGCAAUGGUACUGGAGUAACAAAUAGCAAUUUGUCGUUGCCAUCUCCUCGCACAUGUUCAGCACUUAACUCUCCAGCUGGUGGUCGACCUUCAUCAAAUAUGAGCCCUACUGCUGUACGAUCUCCUGGUAGCAAUGGAUCAAGACUACAAUCCAGUAAUCCAGGUACACCAGUUCAUAUGUCACCCGGCCACAAUUCUUGUUCAUCUAUGAAACAACAAAAAGGACCGAUGUCCAACGAAUUUUCACCCUCAUCUAACAUUGCUACUCCGGGUCAACCUAGUGGUGGUGGUCAACAAUCUCCUGAUGGAUUAUUUUGUCACAACAAUAAACAGCUAUCUAAAAGAGGAGAUGAACCUAAUUUAAUGCCUGUUCCUUCUCCUCAACACAUUCAGUACCUUAAUACAUUUGAUGGUCAAGAACUUACCAUUCAAAAACAACCUAAUACAGGUUUGAAAGAUUCAUCGUCCUCUACUACUACAACUACUUCAACGAUGUCUCCCUCGGUCCCUACAUCUCAAAACAAUAUGGACAUGAUAAUGACUGAUUCAAAUAUGAAAUCAUAUAAUAUUGUUCGUCCUGGUGAUAUGCCUUUGAACCCUUCUGCUGCCGCGGCAGCUGCAGUUGCAGCUGGUCUUCAAACAUCACAACAGCAACCAAUGAAACAUUUUGAUCCGAUAUCUUCUUUGGCUCAAAUGAACCAACAAUUAGCUAAUAAUGUAGCUGGUGGAGGAUCAUCUCCGAUUGUUAACCAUGGCGGUGGAGUACCUUCUUUACAUCAUCCUGGUGGUCCAGGACAUCACCAUCCUGGAGGUGGAAUGAUGUCACCUUUCGGUGGAGGAGGUGGUCCACCAAUGCACAUGAUGGGUGGUAAUAAUGAUCCUAUGUGUGGUCCAAUGGGAAUGGGCAGUGGUGGAAUGCACGAAAGUGGAAUGGGUGGUCCUCCUGGUAGUGGUGGUCGAAUGAUGUAUGGACCUGGACCAGGGAUCGGACAAGGACCACCACCACCAGGUCCUAAUGGAGGUGGAAUGUCCAUGGGACCAGGAGGUGGAGUACCAAUGGGAAUGCCUCCAAUAGGUGGAGGUAGGAAUGGUGGUAUGAUGAUCAAUUCCUGUGUUAGUGGUGGUCCAUUAUCACCAAAAUCUUCAUCAAUGAUGCAACAACAACAAUACCAACAACAACAGCAACAGCAGCAAAGAUUAAUGCCUAGAAUACCAGCAGGAGGUGGACCCGGAGGCUUGUAUAAUGGUGGUGCUAAUAUACAGGUGAAACCUAGUGCACCCAACACAAUACAAUACUUACCCAACAAUUCUAGAGGUGGCGGUCCUAGAGGUGCUCCUCCUCCUCCUCAAAAUCAACAACAACAGCAACAACCUGGCUUAGAUUUUUUGCAAAGAUUUUCUGGUGGACCUGGUAAUGGUGGAAAUCCAUUGUCUAAUCUAGAUGGAAAAGUACCUACACACAAUUUACAAUAUUUUCCAAAUUCUGGUGGCGGCGGUUACAAUAAUAGUAAUGGCGGCGCUGGAAUUAAUGAUAUGAUGUGUGGUAACGGUGGUCCUCCUGGUGGAGGUGGUAUGGGAGGUAUGCCCCCUGGUGGUCCUAAUAAUAGUCGAGGAAUGAUGCGUGGUAGUUCAGGAGGGGGUAUGAUACGACUAGGAAGUGGUAACAGCGGAAUGGGAAUGAGUGGUAGUAACUAUAACGGAGGACCUUCAGAUAUUAUGUUUGGUGGUGGCGGACCUCUUCAUCAUCCAUCAGCAGGUCAUCCACAACAACAACAAAUGAUGAUGAUGGGAGGUGGUACAGGUGGUCCUCCACCCCAGCAACAUAAAGGUGGAGGAAUGAUGGGGGGACCAGGCCCUCCAGAUGCUACUCAACCUUUACCGCCAUCAAUGGGUGGUGGAGGUGGUCCAGGACCUGGCGGUGGUCCUGUUGGAUUUAGGGGUGGUCCACCUGCAGCAAAUUCAUUCAUCGGUCCAACCACAGCUGAUCCAAAUUAUGCCCAGCAAUUUCAUAAUUUCCAGCAACAAUUGUAUGCCACCAAUACUCGUGGUGGAGGAGGAGGGGGAGGUCCAUCUGGACCUGGCGGAGGAGGACCUCAACAAUUUUUUGUGUCCAAGUAAAUUACAAUAAUUUGACUUUUUCCAAAGCAAUAACAAUUAUUUAUAUUAGCAAAUAUGUGUGUUGUAUUAUUAAUCCUCUCCCUUUUUUUUAAUUAUAUUUUUUUAAGCUGCCUCCCAAUUGUAUAAGAUUAACAGCAGACUGAUAAUCCUUAAAGAUAAUUAUUUUUAUGUGUAUUCACUUUGUUUUCAAAUAACACCCAGAAAUUUAAGUUUGAAAAUAAUGUAAAAAAAAUAGUUAAUUUAUGCGUGUAUACAAUAUAAGUAUUAUUAAAAAAUAUAUAUAUGUAUAAUAUAUAUAUUUAUACUAAAACUGUAUAGACGUGAACAUUUAUAGUGGAAAAAUAACAAAUAAUCCGUCUCCACCACUGCAUACUACAAUUUAAUAAUUUAUUAUUAUGAUGAUGAUUAUUAUUUUUAUUAUUAUUUUUAUUAUUAUUAUUAUUAUUAUUAUUAUUAUUAUUAUUAUUAUUAUAUUAUUAUACUAUUAUUAAUAUAAAAUUAUCGUAAAUGAUUUAUUUUACUUAAACACAGCAGCAGCAAUAAUGAGGGAGUGAGUGUGUUAAAGACCUCAAUAAUAAUAUAUAUUUUUUUGUACA